AUGGAAAAGGAAAGAGGCAAGCGGUUCUUACAGGCGAAACAAUCGAAGUGUGAAUUCGUGGAGUUCGAUGUACACUUGUCGGCAGAUGGCGUUCCUGUACUGAUCCAUGAUGAUUCUACGGGUCGCACUUCUAAAGAAGACGUCCUAAUCAAACAGAUGACUGCAAAGGAAAUUAAAAACAUACAAUUGAAAAUAGUC